AUGAAAGUGAUAGGACUUCAAUAUCUCUCAUCAAAAAUUUAUAAGAAAAUUGCAGAUAUUAAUGAAAAGGAAUCUAAUUAUGAUAAAGAAGAAAUUGAAGUACGUAAUAAUUUAGCAUGUUUAUACAGAAUAAUAGAUCAAAUGGGAUUAUCACAAAGUGUUUUUAACCAUUUAACGGCUAGAAUUUCUAAAUAUAAAAAUGAAAUAUUAAUUAAUCCAUUUGGUUUGCUAUACCAUGAAAUUACUGCAUCAAGUUUAAUUAAAGUAGAUGAAAAAGGAGAUAUUCUUGAUAAAGGAAGCACAAAAUAUGGUAUUAAUAACGCUGGUUAUAUUCUUCAUUCAGCAAUCCAUGAAUAUAAUAAUGAAAUAGGUUGUGUCAUUCAUUUACAUGUUCCUGAUGUCGUUGCCGUUUCCUCAAUGACUUGUGGUUUAUUACCAAUUUGUCAGGAGUCAAUGAUUAUUGGUCAAGUAACUUAUCAUGAUUAUGAGGGAAUAAUUAAUAGUGAAAAGGAAAAAAUAAAAUUUGUUAACGAUUUAGGUAACAAAAAAGUUAUGCUUUUGAGAAAUCAUGGAUUUGUUUGUUGUGGUGAAACAAUAAUGGAAGCAUUAUUUUUGACAUACCAUCUGAUAAUUGCAUGUGAAACACAGGUUAAAAUCAUGUCAAUGGCAAAUUAUGAUCAUUCUAAAUUUAUCAUUCCAUCUGUUGAUGCUCAAAAUGUAACUUUUCAAAUUGCAAGUGGUGGAGCUGGAGGAGUAAAUUUUGAGGGAACAAAAAAUAAUAAAUGUGAAAAAAAAUGGAAAAGAGGUGAACUUGAGUGGGAAGCUUGGAUUCGUAUACUUGAUGAUAUGAAUUUAGAAACAGUAAAAAUUAUAUUGGAGUUAAAAUUGAAAAUGGCCGAUCAAUCAGCUAAAACGAAAAUUGCAUAUGUUAAACAAGUUUUAUCUGGUGAUAGCAUUAUUCUUAUGGGAACUGGAGAUAAUAGUACUGAUAUGUUUGUAUGCUUAGCAUACACAAAAGCUCCACAUCUUGGUAAAGCUCCUACAGAAUCAACAUCUGGUACUCAAGAUGAACCAUUUGCAUGGGAAUGCCGUGAAUUUGUUCGUCGCAGACUUGUUGGACGUCGUGUUACUUUUAUAAGAGAAUAUAUUGGUUCAAAUGGUCGUGAAUUUGGACAAAUUAUAAUUGGAACUGAAAAUUUGGAUAAAUGUGAAAAUAUUUCUGAAUCUGCCACUGCUGCUGGUUUAAUGGAAAUUAAACCUGUUAAACAAUCUAAUGAAUUUGUUGAGAAAUUAUUAGCUCUACAAGAAAAAGCCAAAUCAUCAAAACUUGGAAAAUGGAUUGAUGAAAGUGAACAUCAUAAACAUAUUAGAAACAUUCAAUGGAAUAUUCAAAAUAUACAAGGAUUUGUUCAAAAAUAUAAAGGAACAUCUAUUAAAGCUAUUAUUGAAAAUGUUCGUGAUGGUAGUUCUUUCCGUGCUUAUAUCUCACAAGAAAGUGCCUACAUAACAUUUGUUUUAAGUGGAAUUAAAUGUCCUGCUUUAGUAAAAAAAGAACAAUAUGCUGAAGAAGCUAAAUUAUUUGUUGAAGCACGUUUAUUAAACAGAGAAAUUGAUCUUAUUGUUGAGGGUGUUGAUAAUCAAAGAAUUGUUGCAUCAAUUGCUCAUCGUGCUGGAAAUAUUGCUGUUCUUUUAUUAAGAGAAGGUUAUGCUAAAUGCAUUGAUUGGUCUAUUGGACUUGUUACCGGUGGUGCUCAAGCAUAUCGUGAUGCUGAAAAAGUUGCCAAAGAAAGAAAAAUUAAUGUUUGGAAAGAUUAUGAAGGUGGAACAAUUUCUCAAUCAAAAGGACAAACAAAUGGUAUUGUUGUAGAAGUUGGUCUCGGUGAUAAUAUUAUGAUUGAAAAUGGUUCUGGAAAUAUUGUUAAAUAUUACUUUUCUUCAUUACGACCACCACGUAUGGAUACACAAAAAGAAAAUAACACUUCUUCAAAAGCUUUUCGUGCUCUUUAUGAUAUUCCAUGUAUGUAUAUGGCAAGAGAAUAUUUAAGAAGAAAACUUAUUGGUAAAUCUGUUAAAAUUGUUGUUGAUUAUAUUCAACCUAAAUCUGAACAAUUUCCUGAAAAAGUAUGUGGAACUGUAUAUUUGGAUAAAGAGAAUAUUUGUGAACUUUUAGUUAAAAAAGGCUUUGCAAAAGUAAUUAAACAUAGACGUGAUGAUGAAAAUCGUUCAUCCCAAUAUGAUACUCUUUUAGCAGCUGAAAAAGAAGCAGAGAGUGCAAAAGUUAAUUUAUGGGCUGAUAACGCAAAUACAAUGUCUAUGCGUGUUACUGAACUUAUUGGAGAUUAUUCACGUGCCAAACAGUUUUUACCUUCUUUACAAAGAACAACAAAACAUUCUGGUAUCAUUGAAUUUGUAACAUCCGGAUCUCGUUAUCGUGUUUUUCUCCCAAAGGAAAAUUUAGUUAUUUCAAUGGCUUUAUCUGGAAUAACAUGUCCACGUGCUGGUAGACCUGGAGGAAGUGACAAUGAACCAUUUGGUGUUGAAGCAAUAAAUUUUGCCAAAAAAAUUGCAUUACAGCAUGAUGUUGAAGUUGAAAUUGAUGCUAUUGAUAAAACUGGAGGUUUUAUUGGUCAAAUAUUUGUACUUCAAAAAACUGGAAACAUCAAUGUAGCUAAAAGUUUAAUUGAAAAUGGUCUUGCUUAUGUUCAUAGUGCCAUUGAUAAAUCCCGUUUUGCUAAUGAAUUUUAUGCUGCAGAGGAAAGUGCUAAAAAGAAAAAAUUAAAUAUUUGGGAAAAUUAUGUUGAUGAAAAUAAGGUUGUUGAAGUAGCUCCAAAAGAAAAUGACAAUUCUGAACGCAAACAAAUAUUUAAACGUGUUGUUAUUUCAUAUGUUGAUAGAGCGACAUUUAAAAUAUAUUUACAAUUCUAUGAUCAUGAAAAAAGUUUGGUUGACCUUAUGGAAAGACUUCAAAUUUGUGCUAAAAAUUCUGUUAGUCAAAUAUUACCAAAGAGGGGGGAACUUUGUAUGGCAAAAGAUUCGCAAUAUGGGAAAUGGACACGUGCUCGUAUAGAUGGAAUAAGAGACAAUAAAGCUAAUGUUUUCUAUAUUGAUUAUGGAAAUUCAGAAAUUUUAAAUUACAAUAUAGAUAAUAUUAAACCAAUAUCUGCUGAGGAUAAGGCACUUCAACAAAUUGCUAGAGAAGUACGUCUUGCUUUUGUUAAUCCACCACCAAUGGAUGAAUUCGGUGAUCUUUCAUUUGUUGCUCUUACUGAUAUUUUAUAUCAAGAAGAAUACAUUUAUGCUGCUUUAGAAUACAAAGUUGGUAAAGAUGACUAUGUUACUCUUGCUAUCGAUGAUAAGAAAGCUGGUGUAAAAUAUGAUGUUGGUAAAAAAUUAGUUAGUGAUGGAUAUCUUGUUACUGUUGAUGAUAGACAUGAACCAAAAUUCAAAGCUGUCUUAGAAGAAUAUCUUAAUGCUGAACAAAAAGCUAGACGUGAACAUCUUAACAUCUGGAGAUAUGGAGAUUUUACUGGAAAUGAAAUAUAA